AGCAGACAGUCGGCGGAUCGGCGCGCGUUGUUUGGUAUGCGGCGGGAUGCAGCCAGUGAACGACGCGCGCGCGCUCUCCCUGCGCUCUUCAGUGUGAAUGCGCGCGAUCCUCGUCCUGCCACUGUCUCGCGUUCUUGAGGAAUUCGUGAUCAAUGAAACUGAAAGACCAAAAAAAAAAAAAAAAAACCCGAGUGACAAGCGCGAGAAUGCAUCCACCGAACGCCAGGUGAGGGAAGAAAGACACUUUCUUAAUGGGUCGUUUGCAUGUAACAUCGUGGACUCUGCUUGGUGUGCCUUCCUCCUGCUGACUCAACUGCUAAGCGAUGUCCUCUGUCUGCAUAACCAUCAGCACUGCUGUGUCUAAGAUAUGAUCUUCAUGAACAAGACCCUGUAUCAUAAACAAGCAACAGGAAAUGCCAUGGAUAUCCUUAACGCAGUAGAUUUCUCUUUUACAUAGCAUUUCGAGUGAUUCGCUUUGCAUUUUACACAACACAAACUCCAAACUUCUCUCCGUAACUGGCCAUGAUUGACAAGAACUCCAACUGAAACGCUGUCCUAGGGGAGAGGAGAGAGAAACGGCAGCCACAUUCAGAUGAUGGGGGCGCCUGGCGGGCCAGUCCUGGCUGGGUUUGGAUCUACGACAUCCUCCCUGGACCUAGUUGGCUGGAUGGUCUGGCCUGGCAAUACCACUGUGAGUCUGAACCAGAGCUCCUUUGGGACCGACUACAGCUUCAAUCUCUCCUCUUCUUCGUCCUCUCCUCAUGGGGUAGAAAGGGAAGCGAUGAAGGAAAAGAACUGGCCAGCCCUUCUGAUACUGGUGAUUAUCAUUUUGACGAUAGGAGGGAAUAUUUUGGUUAUUUUGGCCGUGUCGCUGGAGAAGAAGCUUCAGAACGCGACAAAUUUCUUCCUGCGUUCGCUGGCGGUGGCGGACAUGCUGGUGGGCAUCUUGGUCAUGCCCAUCUCUCUUAUUAACAUCCUGUAUGAUUAUGCCUGGCCGUUGCCCAGCGCCCUUUGUCCAAUUUGGAUCUAUCUAGAUGUUCUCUUCUCCACUGCUUCCAUCAUGCACCUGUGUGCCAUUUCUCUCGACCGAUACGUGGCCAUACGCAAUCCAAUUGAGCACAGCAGAUUCAACUCCCGCACCAAGGCCAUGCUAAAGAUUGCUGCCGUCUGGACCAUUUCAAUAGGUAUCUCAAUGCCCAUUCCAGUGAUUGGACUGCAUAAUAGAGAUAAGGUUUUUAUAAAUGGCAACUGUGCUCUGAACGAGGAGCGCUUCAUACUGGUUGGUUCAUUCGUUGCCUUCUUCAUUCCUCUGGUCAUCAUGGUGGUAACAUACUGUCUUACCGUCCAAGCGCUUCAGCGUCAAGCCACAGUCUUCCUUUUCGAGGGGAAAGCGUCUUCUCAGCAGCCUUUGCAGCCUCCUGCUCAAUCCACUUCCCAGCUUGCCCCACCAUCUGCUCCGUCUCGCCGCGGUAGCCUGAACUGUCUUCGUAUCGGCAAUAGUGACGGAAACACCCUCGGUCUGACCCCGCCGUCGGACACGAUCUCAAUAAUCCCGAGCUCAGAGGUUCCUUCUCAAAUGAAUUCCCCCGCUGGACGAGACCCGGGGGGAGCCCGUGGCCGACGGGGCAUGAUGCAGGCAAUCAAAAACGAACGGCGAGCUUCCAAGGUGUUGGGUGUGGUGUUCUUCCUCUUCCUGAUCAUGUGGUGUCCCUUUUUUAUCACUAACGUUCUGUAUGUCCUUUGCCGCGGAGCUUGUAAUGAGCCUCUACUCAAUGAACUGCUAAACGUGUUUGUUUGGGUCGGGUACAUCUCAUCAGGGGUUAACCCUUUAGUAUACACAUUGUUCAACAAGACAUACAGACGGGCAUUUUCGAGUUACAUGCACUGCCAGUAUAGAAGGGUGGGGCUUAAAGCCAUCCCAAUAAACCUUCCAUGUUCAUCUCACGCAGCAGUCACGCCCAUCCUGAUUUGCCAAAAAAUCGCUAUCGACCGUAACAGUAACUGCCGGAACGGGGAUGGGAAUGGAAUCCGGAAUAUGGAGCUCAAUGACAUGGACACUGACCCUGGACUGGAGCUAAAACCGGGAUUAUCAGAGCUAUCCAUCAGCAGCAGCCAUAGCCACACAGAACAUACAAGCAGUGUUUAAAAAUCCCUAUUUAUGUGACAUGGAUGCUGGGUGUGAUGUGAUCAAAGUGAUAUUUCUUGAUCUGUGUCAAGAUGACACAUCUGCUGGAUCACAGCAUAGAAAGUUUGCAGAUCAAUACAGUGACGUGACAAUAAACUAAACAGGGUCAGACUAUAUUGUGUCAAUGUGAGGAAACUGAGAAGGAAUGUUUGUGUGUGUGCGUGCGUGUGCGUUUGUGUUAACAGGUUCAAAAUUUGAAUGUCAAUAAAUCCUGCAUGAGUAGCCAGUGUCCCACUAAAGCAGCAUCGGGCAAUUGAGCAUUGCUGACACAAGACUGCAGUUCAUGCAGCAAAUAUUUCACAGAGUCACAGCAUCCUCUUGUGGUAAAUUGAAUCAUUACAUAAAGACUAGUGCGAACCCAAAACAUGAAGAUGAAUCUUUUAAAGUGCCAGUCAGGUGCAAUUUCUAAGCUUCCUAAUAUUGUUACAGAGUCCCCAACAACAGGUUUAAAUGCAUGCAAGGUCAAAAAACAUUCUUUUCUCAAAAUAUAAAUAUAAUAAUUACCCCAUUUCUUAGAGAUCCCCAAACAAUUCCUGCAAAGCCUAAAUGAUUCAGGCUGUUUCUCAAUACGCGUUCUUCAGCGAUCUUGCAUCCUCGUGUUCUCGCUCUACGUCAUCAUUUACAGUCGAAGUUCAAUUCCAAUUCUCAAGAACGCAAGGACAGAGGACGCAUGAAAAUACCCGGAUGUGUUCUUGAUAUCGAGGAUGCAUCGAGUGCAGAUUUGCGCGCUGAUCUCCCUUUACGCCCCAGAAGUCAUUGCGGCAAAACAAUGGCGGAGGUCAGGUGACCAACAGGAAGAUCGCACACAUCUCAAUUCUCACAAGUGCGUUCUGUGUUCUCGCGACCUUCUGAGUUCGUUCUUCCGAGGUCGCCUGGCAAGACCGAUCCCCCCACAUUUCGGUAGCCUACUCUGCUCUGAUUGGUCAAUUGACAUGGUCUCUGCCAGUGUUGGGUAAGUUACUCAAAAAAAGUAAUUAAUUACUAGUUACUAAUUACAUCUUCAAUCAUGUAAUUAGAUUACUUUACAAAUUACUCUCUUCAAAAAGUAUUUAAUUACUAAUUACUAAUAACUUUCUAAAUCUUAUUCAGUACAUGAUACAAGGAUAGGCUUGAAAUGGCACAAAGAAAUAAUAUAUAAAAGUACAUCAAUUAUUCUGGUCCCACUUUAGGGUCCAAUUCUCUCUAUUAAUUAACUAUUAACUACUUUUGCCUCAAUAUACUCCAACUACUGCUUAUUAAUACUAAAGAAGUUGUUAAUUUUAAGUAUUGGUAGAAAUGGGGAGGACGUAGAAUAAGGUUUUGCAGAAUCAGGCAUUAAUAUGUGCUAUUAAGUAUUAAUAAACAGCCAGCAUCUAAUAUUAAUGCUAAUAAUUAGCCAGUUAAUGAGAAUUGUAAACUAUGUUAAAUCCACUAUUGUAUUUUAGUAUACAUAAUUGUUUUAGAGUCCAUACACAGUAUUUAGUUACAUCAGAAGUAACUGUAACUAGAUUACAAGAAAAAUAAGAGUAAUCCCUUACUUUACUUUUUCAAGGGAAAAGUAAUUAAAUUACAGUAACUAAUUACUUAGUAACUAGUUACACCCAACACUGGUCUCUGCACAUUCCAACAAUAGUGCAACAAUAGUAACUUACUGACAAGACAUUAAGAGUUUGAAAACCAACAUCAGUACAUAUCAUUCUUGAUUAAUCUAAUGACGAAAAACACUAGCAUAUUUACAUUCAUGUACGCAAGUAUGUAAGCUAACCGGGGCACAUCUAAACAGUAACUGUAAUAUGCAUUAGCCAGUUGCUGCUGGUGCGACUUACUAACAAGAUAUUAAGAAUUUGAUAACAGACAUCAGUGCAUCAUUCAUCAUUAAUCCAAGUAAUAAAAACGACAACAGACACUAACAUUUUUACACUCAUGUACGCAUUUAUUUAAGCUAACCGGGCCACAGCUAAACAGUAACCGCAAUAUGCAGUAAAAUAAACACAAUGUAAUAAUCAUACUUACAGGUUGUGGUUAAGAGACGCAUAUUGUUCCAAAUAAAGUUGCUACUAAACAAUCUUUCAUGACCAAAUGUUUAGCAAAUUCCACCUUAAAAAAGUUUUAACCAAUGAUUAUUCACAUCUUCAUCCUUUGGCAGUGAAAACAACAUAAACUAACCUUGGAGGAAGUUGUCUUCUCGAUAUGAUGUUAACACACUAACUAGUGGAAGUGUCCGUGGGCAGGUCAGGGUUUUCGUUUCUUGCAUGCAAAACUGUAGGUGGAAAUUAUACAAAGUAAUUAUUGCCAUCAUAUGUAAGCAGACAACAUGCAUGAAAUUCGAAAAUAUUUUGACUCGUUUCAGUGAUUCAGAGUCGACUCCCUACUUUAGACAAUAAUUUUAUGAAUCGUGCUUUUUUGUGUUUAAAUACCAAACAAUUGUUUACAUUGAUGGACAGCUACACUGCAAUACAGGUAAUUUUCGAUAUUGGAUCUGUCUGGCACUUUAAAAUAAAUCAAGUAGAUCAUUUUAAAGUUACUGCACCAUCCAAGCUAGUUGCAUUAAAAUAUGGAUGAAUUUAUGCUGUCUAAAUACACUUGCAAGUCAGAUCAUUGUUUGUUUAGCUUGUAAACAUCUUCUGUAAGGUAUGUUAAAUAAACUCUCUGUGAGCUACAGUAAAGCAACAUCACAGUGGGCUCAUUAUUUUUUUCUUGCCUAACAAUGUGAACGACAUGACUAAAAACCUCCAGUUUUCUCCAAAGCACAGCUUGCAAUAAAUUAGCAAACUGGACCAAGUAACAGAAUGAGGUCAAAUUUAAAAUCAAUAAGACACCUUAUAUCAAAUAUUUGUUUUGAUUGAAUUAGGAAUGAAUUUAUAUUGCAAUAUUUAAAAAAUGCAUCUUAAGUUGUUAUUUUCUCCUCGAACUGAAGUUAAAGCCUCUAGGUUUAUAGAACAGUUCCUCUGUUGAAUGUAGGGUCAGUUGUGAGCUUUCCAACUACCUCAGGUGGUCACGAAUGAAUAUGAGGCAAGGAGCAAAACUGCACAAUAGACAAGAGUAAUGAAAUGAUUUACUUUAUAUGGAUGAACUGUCCAAAACAAAUGUUGGUCUGUAAGAACACAAAUGUUCACUUGAGGAUGUCUAUAUGAUUAAAUAAUGUAUAAAGUUGUAAAUUCUUGCCGUUUUUCUGUGUAGAUCCUUCGAAUUUCUUCUUAAUCACCUGCCUUUUUAUACCUUAGCUUGUGAAUGUUUUACUAAACUCUCUCUUUUGUUGAAACCCAUCAUUUCCACAAUGUUAUCCUUUUGUGAAGCUGCUAUUUAUUUAAUAAAAGAUGAUUACAAUUCGUUCUGCAGUGUACUUUGUGGUGGUGAUCAAUGGUAUUUCUGUUGUAAAGUGUACUUUACUGAAAACGCAUGGCUCUAACAGUAUAAAAAUGUAGCCUGUACUGUAAUCAAAAAUGAAUAUAGCUUUUAUGUAGCUUUCAGGACCAAGGACAGCAACAGCCUUUAUG